AUGGAAGAAGAAUUCUUGCAAGGAAAAGCAGUGGACAUCAGCUUGAAAGAUCUGUCAAAGAAACUAGAAGAAUUUGCAAAGGCUAGAGACUGGGAAAAGUACCACAGCCCAAGACAUUUACUCCUUGCUAUGUUUUUACAAAAUGACAACACUGGCUGCACCAUCAAUACAUGGAGACAUUUACUUUGGUCAUGCUAUCUCAAAGGAAGUCGUCUUUUGGCAUACAUACAAGUACUGGUUGGUGAAGUAGGAGAGCUAUCGGAGAUAUUUCAAUGGAGGGGAGAGGUGGACAAAGGGUUGCCAAAUUGGGAGGAAUCAGAUAAAGAGCAUCUUGGUGAAGAAUUAUCUGAUGUUCUUCUGUAUCUCAUCAGGUUGGCUGAUAUAUGUGGCAUUGAUCUUGGUGAGGCUGCUGCAAAAAAAGAUCGCUAA